AUGGAAGAUGCAGUCGAGUCCCCAUCCCCACCCCAUCUGAUUACCGAUCCCCUCCCGACCGCGAUGGAGAACCCCAAAGCCUCUACCUCCGACCUGUCUAGCGCGAAAGAGCAUACAACCGGCGAUAUACCAGACCUUCCUCAUCGCAUCGUUCAAUUAAUUCAGUGCCAUCAAUGCUCUCGUCCUUUGAGAACCCCACUCCGUCUACCAUGCGGCAAUACUGUCUGCCGGGAAUGUUUACCCCCCGCUCGGCCGCGGACUGGGAUCACAUACCCCGUGGGUCCGGGGAGAGAUCAGGGAUUUAUAUGUCCCUGGCAAGGAAAUCAAGCUUGUGUUGGAGAGCACUGUGUGGGGGACUGCGGCGCCGAUGUCCUGCUAGGAAAGCUGGUAGGCAUUUUUGGAGAAAUACUGGGGUCAGAGGCAAAUGAUGUGUCUCAGGAUUUGUCUAGCGAUGGAGUACCAUCAGUGCAAUGGAAAACCAAUGAGCAAAGCCAUAUUGAAAGCGCACAUUUGCAGUCGGACGGGUGGCUUCAGGGAAUAUACAAAUUGGCGCGCGAAGGCCGGUUUCCGUCAGAUCCAUGCGAGGUUAUCUAUGGGGAACCCGGAGUCUCAGGGGAAAACACAAAAAGGCAGGAUCUCAUCCACUUCCAAACAUUACGGGACAGCCUUCGCUCUGAGUUGGAUUGCCAGGUUUGCUAUGCGCUCAUUCUGGACCCAAUGACCACGCCUUGCGGUCACACCUUCUGCCGGACGUGUGUCGCGCGGGUCUUGGACCAUACCGAUCUGUGUCCCAUCUGCCGGCGCAAGCUGGAUAUGCAUGCUCUACACUCAGAGCCCUUGAAUCAGACCGUGGCAAGACUGAUCGACUACUUUCAUCCUGAUGAGAUCGCUGUCAGGCGGGAGAGCAGUGCGCAGGAUGAAACAGACACAGAUUACGAGAAGAACUUACCGCUCUUUGUGUGCACACUAGCGUUUCCGACAAUGCCGACUUUCCUCCAUGUCUUCGAGCCCAGGUACCGACUCAUGAUUCGGCGGGUUGUCGCGAGUGGACAUGGAAAGUUUGGCAUGGUCAUGUACAAUCGGCGGGGAGGGGUACAGCCCGACCAACUAGAGGAUGUCCCUUUUAUGCGAUAUGGGACGCUCUUGAUGAUCGAACGGUAUGAGCUGCUUCCAGAUGGUCGCAGUCUGGUGGUGGCCACCGGCAUAUCGCGGUUUAGGAUACUCGACUCGAGAAUGCGAGAUGGCUACCACAUUGCCAAAACAGAGCGCGUAAAUGAUAUUUCGAUAGCGGAGGAGGAGCGACUUGAGUCAUUGGAGACCUCACCAAAUGGUGUCGAUGCUCCGACGGAGAAUGCGUCUGAUCCACCCUUGGACUCGAUGUCCACUCAGCGGCUACUCCUCUAUGCGAGAGAGUUCAUCAGCAAUCAGCGCAGAUCAGGUGCUCCUUGGCUGCAUCCGCGUGUCAUGUUGGCAUAUGGACCCAUUCCUGUAGACCCGGUCCGCUUCCCAUGGUGGUUUGCAAGCAUUUUGCCCAUCUCGGAAGAAGAGAAAUAUCCUAUACUCGCUUCUACGAGUGUUAGGGAAAGACUGAAACUCUCAGCGAGAUGGGCGAGACAACUCGAGGCUCGUGAUUGGUAG